GGAGGAGCAGACCUCUCCUUCCCUCUUCUCCCCUCCUUCCCUCCCUCUUCCUUCCUUCCCUCACUCUCUUUCUCCUUAACUCUGUUUUUGUAUUAUUUGCUAUUUCGUUCUCUGGGAUAUAUAAAUGAUGGUGGGACCGGACUUCUAGCAGAAGCUCUGAUGUACAAACUUAAGUUUUAGCUACUCAGCAAAUAUUCGGGACACUGUUUUCAACACCUCAGCUUUCUUCACCACUUUGGACAUGACAGGAUUAAAAAGGAUACUGACCAUUUUCAUGGUGGUUGGCUGCCUUAUAAAUCGUGGGAAGACACAGCAACAAUGCUCAAAUGGGUUUGAGCUGGACCGUGCCUCAGGCCAAUGCUUAGAUAUUGAUGAAUGUCAAACGAUUGUUGAAGCCUGUAGAGGAGAUAUGGUGUGUGUGAAUCAGAAUGGUGGCUAUUUAUGCGCUCCCCGAACCAAUCCGGUUUAUCGGUCACCAUAUCUGAAUCCAUACUCUAACAUAUAUCCACCGCCUCCAGCCCCAGCUCCACCUCCUGCUCCCGGUUUUCCUGCAGCUGCAAGAACAGCUGUUUGCCGGUUUGGUUACCAAAUGAGUGAAGGCAACCAGUGUGUAGAUAUUGAUGAAUGUGCAACCGAGUCACAUCAGUGCAACCCCACCCAAAUCUGCAUCAACACAGAAGGAGGAUAUACUUGCUCCUGCACUGAAGGAUACUGGCUUUUGGAAGGACAAUGUAUAGACAUAGAUGAAUGUCGUUAUGGUUACUGUCAGCAGCUGUGUGCCAAUGUCCCUGGCUCUUACUCUUGUACCUGCAAUCCAGGGUUUAUCCUGAACGAAGAUGGAAGAUCCUGCCAAGAUGUGAAUGAAUGUACAACUGACAACCCUUGCGUGCAAAACUGUGUCAACACCUAUGGCUCAUUUCUUUGUCGCUGUGACCCUGGCUACGAAUUGGAAACUGAUGGGAUUAGUUGUAGUGACAUGGACGAAUGCAGCUUCUCAGAAUUUCUUUGUCAACAUGAAUGUGCCAAUCAGCCAGGCAGUUACUACUGCUUCUGCCCUCCUGGCUAUGUUCUGCUCGAUGACACCAGAAGCUGCCAGGAGAUUAAUGAGUGUGAAAUUGGAAACCAUACUUGCACCUUGCAGCAAACUUGUUUCAACAUUCAAGGUGGAUUCAAAUGCCUAGACCCAAUAAGAUGCGAAGACCCUUAUAUCCAGAUCAAUGAUCACCACUGCAUGUGCCCAGCUGAAAAUCCUGGUUGCAGAGACCAGCCAUUCAACAUUAUCUACAGAGACAUGGACAUUGUGUCUGGACGCUCAGUACCCUCAGAUAUAUUUCAAAUGCAAGCAACGACCCGCUAUCCUGGAGCAUAUUAUAUCUUCCAAAUCAAAUCAGGGAAUGAGGGCAGAGAAUUCUACAUGCGGCAAACUGGACCUAUCAGUGCCACUCUAGUGAUGACCCGCCCUGUGAAGGGGCCACGUGACAUUCAGUUGGACCUCGAGAUGAUCACUGUUAACACCGUCAUCAACUUCAGAGGAAGCUCUGUCAUUCGGCUGAGGAUAUACGUGUCACAGUAUCCCUUCUAAACUAGAGUUUCUCGCCAUUUUUCUUUAAAGACAAACUGCUGAAAAAGACAUUAUUUCUUUCUUGCCAGAACUUUCUCCACAGGAAUCAAUGUGUCUAAUAGAAUCAUAGAAA